GAGUGCGGGGGAGACGUAGAAGAAAGACUACUCCUAAAGAUAAAGAGAGAUAGGCUACAUCUUUAAUUACAAUUGAGCAAAUACUCUUUCAAAUCACACAGCCAUUAGAUGAGUUUUAAAAUUACAAUUAUUGGACUUAACUACAAACUAAUGUAUAAGCACAGCAACAACAAAACCCCUACUUUUGCAAUGACCGGACUUCUCUAGUGGUUCAUUUUUAAACAUACCUCUACUCAUUGGUUUUCAUUUUACAAGACAAAACUUUCUGCUGGACGGGAAUUUGCAGCAAAACAGAGAAAAAAAUGACGCUCACGUCAAAGGCUCCAUGUUUCAAAUCUAAGUUCAUCACUGCUGAGCUGGCUCGUCUGUUCAGCCAGUCGGACAGUGAGGAGGAGUUUGAAGGUUUCAGCGAAGAGGAGGAAGAAGAGGACAGACGAUCUUUUAACAAACGGCUAAAGACCAAGAUGGUGGAUUCAGAGGACAGCGAUGUGGACACAGGCUUCUACUCUGAUGGCGAGGAUGCCGCUCCACAAAAGAGGAAGAGUCUUUUAGUUGCCCUGAGGUUUCCCGUCAAAAGACUGUCUACCCCCAAACAGAAACUGCAAGAGAAAAAUGUCAAAAAGCCAGUCAAAGAAACUCCUCCUUCUCAAAGAGUCCGAGGAAGGCAGAGGAUGAAGCAGCAGCAGCAGCAGCAGCAGCAGCAGCAGGAGGAGGAGGAGGAGGAGGAGGAGGAAGACAAAGAGGAGGUCUUGACUCAGAGCCUACGGAAACGAGACAAGAACAUCCAGGAAAACAAGGCCAUGCUGGCUAAGCUGUUUGCUGAUCUGAGCACCAUAGCUGACCUCACUCCGCCCACCACCCCUCAAAAGAAAAAGCGUGCGCCAGAGAAAGCGACGCCACGGAAACGCAAGUUUGAACCAGAGAUGGGGUCAAAAAGGAGGAACCCGUCGCGUAAGGCUCGUCCUCCUGAGAACUUUGCAGUGGAGGAAAAGAGCGAGCCACUAACCCACAGAAGCCCCAGGACUGUAGACAUCAGGAGACUGGUGGAGGUGGACGAAGAAGUCGGGGAGAAAAAGAAAAGGAGGAAGAGCCACAGCUCCAGGAGGAGCCAGUAUGACGUGAGGUCAGUUGACGAGAUCACCAAAGAAGACCUGGACAACGUAGCGUACCGCAACAAAGACAAGAUCUGGGACAAGGAGAACGGCAGCUCAUGUCACCAGUGCAGACAGAAGACUCUGGACACCAAGACAGUGUGUCGCAGUGGUUUCUGUGUAGGGGCCAAAGGUCAGUUCUGUGGGCCGUGCCUAAAGAACCGCUACGGAGAGGACGUACGCGAUGUGCUGCUCGACCCGACGUGGUCGUGUCCCAUCUGCAGAGACAUGUGUAACUGCAGUCUGUGUCGUAAGAAGGAGGGCCGCUGUGCGACUGGCUGCCUGGUGGGAUUGGCCCGGUACAACGGCCACGACAAUGUCCACGAGUAUCUGGAGAGCAUUCAGAAGGAUCUGCAGUAAAGUCCGGAGAGGAGAACCUGCUCGUACAGCUAGAACCCGGAGCAGGCUCUUGUGCUUCACAGUACCGUAGAACUCAUUUUAAUGCACAUUUUUAGGUUAGCUUUUAUCCAACUAGAGAAGCAAAAGCAAAACAUGUUUUUAUGUCACCUUAUAAGGCACAUACACUGUUUAAUAUGUUUUAUAUAUCCUGAUCCAAGCCUGCAUAAGAUGCAGGGAUGUUUUUGUUGUUUUAAAGUCUGUUCUCAGUUUUGAGUUGAAUACAUUCAUUUGAAUAUUUCUACUCCUGAUGUUCACUAGGGUUAACAAAUGUAAUGGUUAUUUUCUGUGUUAAGGAAGCAAAAGGAGCCUUUUUAUAAACCAACUACUUUUCUAAAAGUGAGUAACUUUACAGCAUUGAUGUCAGUUCACUGUAAAUUCUAAUAAAGAAUGGCAUUUUCUGAA